UCCCGUGCAAAUUGUCUUAGUCGAUGUUUUUAUUGCAUAGAUGCACUUUUAUCGUUUCUUUAACUAUUCGGGUAAAAAAGAAAGGAAGCAAGGCCAGUUGUAACAGAGCUUUCAGCUUGUGGGGUUCCCUGUCCGACGGAGGUGGCGACGCGGUUAUGCGUCGCAUGUGGACUCCGCGAUAAGGAACAUGCCGCGGGCGCGAUUAUUUUUUUUUUUCCCGUGCCACCGGUUCGGGUCGACGCUGUGGUCAAUCACCUUCUGUGUGACACUUCUUCGUUCUGCGUUGCGACCCGCAUCAAAAUACGCGAUGAGGGCACGCAAGCCCGCGGCGCAGUUUCAGAUAAGGGUCUGCUGGUCAUCCGGGAAGCUCACUACCAAGUGUCACCCCCCUUCCCCCCCCCCAUUUUCUUUAUUUUGCGUUUUUUUUGGUGAAUAAUGUACCCUUGUAUCGCGUCGCUGGAAAUUCGCUGCUCGGAAGUGAUCGAGGUGGGUGGGCAACGCCGUUGGCGCAGCCAGCAGCCAUGCCGACCGCGGCAGCCACAGCGAAAGCAAUCUUGUUCCCGGAGCUUCCGAAACGACGUCCUUCCGAGUUCCUUGACGGGGCGACAAGGAAAAAAAAAAAAAAAACCAUAGGAGGGGCACAGUCCCGCUGCAGCGUUGCGUCACGCUGCAGAAGACCACGGCGACGCGAGGCACCGGGCCCGUGUCGCCGCCAGCGUAGGCGAACAGCAGACGCGAACACAAAAGACGAAAAAGUGCGCUUUUGCGAAGUGUGCCACCACCGCGGUGUCGCUGUGGUGUGGUCUUUUUUCGGAAGCGCACCAGUGGAGCGUGCGGCGCGCGCGAGCUCGGCUGCCGAAACGUGUCGCCUCGUUUUUCCCCGGCCUCGCUCGGGGUCUUGACGUCAGGCAGACGACGCUCGAGUGGGUAGCCGCGCCUCGGCCCUAGCUCGGUCACCGUUCGGGGCGUCGGAAGCGAGGUGUCCCCCCCUGGAUUGCGUUGGAAGCCGAGUGCCCUGCCACAGCUGCCGUCGUACCAUCGUAGCAUGGGCGCGUCGAGUACAGCCGGGCUCGAGUGGGAUGCUGGACCGUCCCUCGGAAGUCUAUCCGGACCACAGCUUCAAGAAGAGGCGGCUGGAGGACACUAGCUGUGCCCAGCGGCUGUCCACUUUGGAGCAGAACCAGGUGAGCGACAUCUCGUCGUCCUCCUCGUCGUCCAGCCAGCAGCAGCAGCAUCCGCCCCAGCAGUGGGAUGCCCUGGGUGGUGGUGGCGGGGGUGAGCUGAAGCGGGCGGGGCUCAAGCGUCGGGCGCCACCGGACCAUGCUCCUGGGCCGGCCCCAGCAGCAGCAGCCAGACGCCAACCCUCUUCCUCCUCUUCGCAUGCUGCUUGGGCUGGCGGGGGAAGCUCCAGCCGCCAGCACAACAAGGCCGCCACCGUGGCUCCCAACACUUCCAAGGCGAGCACCUCCGAGGGUGACUACCAGCUGGUGCAGCAUGAGGUGCUGUACUCUCAGCAGAACCAGUACGAGGUGCUGGAGUUCCUGGGCCGUGGCACCUUUGGCCAGGUGGUCAAGUGCUGGAAGAAAGGCACCAAUGAGAUCGUGGCCAUCAAGAUCCUCAAGAACCACCCGUCCUAUGCUCGGCAGGGGCAGAUUGAGGUCAGCAUCCUGCACCGCCUCGCUCAGGAGCCUGCUGACGACUUCAACUUCGUGCGUGCGUUUGAGUGCUUCUCACACAAGUCGCACACCUGCCUGGUCUUCGAGAUGCUUGAGCAGAACCUCUACGACUUCCUCAAGCAGAACAAGUUCUCGCCUCUGCCGCUGAAGUGCAUCCGGCCAGUGCUGCAGCAGGUGUUGACGGCGCUGCUCAAGCUCAAGCAGCUGGGUCUCAUCCACGCCGACCUGAAGCCCGAGAACAUCAUGCUGGUGGACCCCGUGCGGCAGCCCUUUCGGGUCAAGGUCAUAGACUUUGGCUCUGCCUCGCACGUCUCGAAGGCAGUCUGCUCGACGUACCUCCAGUCGCGCUACUACCGGGCGCCCGAGAUCAUCCUGGGCCUGCCCUUCUGCGAGGCCAUCGACAUGUGGUCGCUGGGCUGCGUCGUUGCCGAGCUGUUCCUCGGCUGGCCGCUCUAUCCGGGCUCGUCCGAGUACGACCAGAUCCGCUACAUCAGCCAGACUCAGGGGCUCCCCGCAGAACACCUGCUGAACGCGGCGGCCAAGACGACGCGCUUCUUCCACCGGGAGACCGACUCCAACUACCCCUUCUGGCGGCUCAAGAGCCCGGAAGAGCACGAGGCGGAGACGGGUGUGCGCUCGAAGGAGGCACGCAAGUACAUCUUCAACUGCCUCGACGACAUGGCACAGGUGAAUGUGCCCACCGACCUCGAAGGGGGCGAGCUGCUCGCCGAGAAGGCCGACCGGCGCGAGUUCGUAGACCUGCUCAAGCGCAUGUUGACCCUGGACCAGGAGCGCCGCGUUGCCCCGGGCGAGGCCCUCAACCACAGCUUCGUCAGCCUGAGCCACCUGGUGGACUACGCGCAUUGCGCCAACGUGCGGGCUUCGGUCCAAACCAUGGAGGCUUGCCGCCGGUCCGGCGCAACGUCUGCGGCUGCGGCCCACUUCACCCGCGGCCCCUCGCCUAGCGCCACGCUCUACGCGGCCCAGGGCCGGGCUGCGGCCGCGGCGGCAGCUCCCGGCAGCCUGUGCGUGUCCUCGAUCCUCUGCCCGCCAGGCGGGGCUUACAGCGUGGGCUCUCCGGCCAAGCACGUCGUCGUCGCGGCCGCGGCGGCCGCUGCCGCCGCACAGCAGGCACCCACAGCGGCUGCGCUUCAGCUGCAGCAGUACGUGCCGGUGUCGGUCGUGGAGCAGAACGGACGCCAGGUUCUGCUGACCAAUCCGGUACAGCCGGCGUGGAGCAGCAACAGGCAGAUGCUGGUGCCGGCAACCUGGCAGACUGCGCCCCGCGGCGCUCCUGCCGCCGUGCUCUCGGACGACGCCUGGGGCCGGUCCCUGGUGCUCGAGCGUGCUGCACUGCUGCCUGCCGAGCGCGCCGCUGCGGCGGUCAUUCCCCUGGCCGGCGCACCUGCCUGGGGCCACGUGGUUGCUGCCACGGCCGCCGCCUCUGCCGCCGCCCGGCACCAGCCGACGGCUACCGCCGGACAGCUGAUGGCGGCGCAACACCACGCAGUGCCAGUUUCGGCUGCCUCGCUGUCGGUCUCGACCUCCCUCUCCAAGCGGCACACCAAGGCCAGCCGCAGCAGCCUGUACCGGGAGGACGACCUGUCGCUUCACCAUCAACAGCAGCUGCAGCAGCCACUGUCGACGAGCCUGCAUUCGUCAUCACUGCAGCAGUCGUCGUUGUCGCUGGCAUCUCAGCCGUACCGGCACCAGACUCAGCGCCAUGCGCCCAUUGCCAUUGACGGCGGCCACCACCACCGGGGCAGCCACACCCUGCAGCCGCCGCACCUGGUGCAGGCCGUGCACCAGCAGCAGCAGCUGUCUCCCGUCAAGAAGCGCGUCAAGGAGAGCAGCCCGCCCAAGUGGGAGGCUGCGGCCGCCCUGCUGCCCUCCGCUGCGGCCACGGUGUCGGCUGGCCGACACCACGAGUCUUCGGUGCAUGGGAGCCGUGCCGUAGUCCAGAGUGGCAGCAGCGGCAAGAUCGGCAGCAAGGAGCGCCAGCGUAGCACCAUUGUGAUCCGUGACACUCCGAGUCCUGCCAUCAGCAUCAUCACCAUAAGCUCGGACUCUGAGGACGACUGCGACACACCCGCCUGUUCGUCGUGCAAGGGUGGCCGUGGCUGCCGCCAGUGCGCAACACAGCAGCAGGCCUCUUCUGCGUCGCUGCGUCCUCUGCAAGCAGCUGCCGCGGCAGUGCCCCUGGUGAGCUCUACGUGCGCAAGCGUGGUGCCACUAACUCCCGAGGAGGAGCGCGGCUCCUACCAGUCGACGCCUAGGCAGGGCUGUGGCAGCCGGGCACGCACCCAGGCGGACAGCUCCAGCUGGAGCCAGCCCCUGGGUCCGUGGGCUGCCCCACUGAUCACAGAGCCCAGCUCGGAGGCCACUCCGCUGGCCUCGGUUUUCCAACGUCGCGGAAGCUCUACAGCAAUGCUGCCCACAUCAUCGUCCUCGGGAGGAGUCCAGGUGGCCACCAGCAGUGGAGGGGCCAUUCACUCGUCCUCGCUGCGUCCGCGCAUGGCCAGCUGCAUCACAGUGCCCGACUCGGACUCUGAGGGUCACUACAGUCCCGCCCGUGCCCUGCCCAACUUCACGAGCAGCGUGCUAGCGGCCAAGGCCAUCAAGCCUGAGCCACAGAGAGACCCGCUGCCCAUCAGCAGCAGCAGCAGCAGCAGCCUGUGCAGCCAGAAGAAGCGGCUCCUGUGCCAUCCGCUGAACGGUGGCGGGGACAUCGUGUUGACGCCCAAACGGGAGGUGGACGACGACUGCAGCGUGCAGCUGCGACCGGCCGCCAACGGCUUCCUCGAAGGGGAGCGCCUGGUCAAGUGCAGUGCCCUCAUGCCCCCCGUGUCGGCAGCCGCCACUCUGGGCCGGCCCCACCUGUCGCCGCUGCAGCACAUGGGGCAGCCCCUGCACCUGGCACCCAGCUCGCAGCCGGAGUUGUACAGGGAGUACUGCCGCCCCACUGUGUAUGUUGCUGCAGCCAGCAGCCUCGCCCAGCCUGCAUAUCUGCCACAGCAGGCGCCACAGAAGUAUGUCCUGGCUGCCAGUGGAUUCCUGGCCCCGCCCCUGGCCCCACCCCCGGCCCACCACCACAGUCGGGGUCCCGCGCCCGCCACGGCCACACUGGCUGCCGUGCCCUACGCAGCACACCCACUUCCCGCCCACCUGCAGCCUGCGGCAGCCGGUCCCCAGGGCACGGGCGCUGCCGCUGCCCCGCCCACCUUUCCGGCCGCGCCUGCGGCUGCCGUUGCAUCGUAUGGCUAUGGCCUGAACCCACUGAGCCCAGGCAAGCCCCAGUACCAGCACGUAUACCAGAUGUUUGGCGAGUGAGCAGGGCUGGCUUUCAAAGCCACUCCGGCCAAAGUCUACAGACUAUUGUCGUGUUUCGAAGGAAAGUGGCUUGCCACUUGCAUGCUGCUGCUGGGUCAGCUCUGGAGGAACAAGUGCGGACACGGAUGUGUGGACCAGUCAUUGUGGACCGUGUGCAGUAGUUUCCCACUGGCACUUGGUGGACCAGUGUGGAGGGUACGGCACAUCCUGCGGUGUGUAAACCCCCUAGUGACUUCACACUGAGAACCAUUUAUUCUGCGUGCUGUUUAGUUUUUCAUUUUUCUCGUGUACAAGCACACACACCUGGCAGCAGCACCAGUAGUCUAGCUUCAUGGUGUAGAACCCAGGUCCAGGAGAAAUGGUUCACCUUGUUUUGCUUUCCAACAUGCUGCAAGCCACUUGGCCUCAUAUGUUUGACCUUCGAGGCUCUUUCCCUUUAUUUCUUGCUGAGGGCUGGUCUACUAGAAUCCCUAGUGCCUGGCUCAACCCUCUGGGCCUCUUUGUCAUCAGCUCCCACCACGGGUAUCACCAAUGUGCACAGUGGAUAUGUGCGCUCUUAGUCAAGCAUCAAGUGUAGCACUGUUGCUGUUGCAUUUCUUUUUUUCAUGACUUAAUUGUUGUCCUGUAGAAUUAUCUCAGUGGCUGUUCCUACAGCCGUCUGCACUUCACCAGGGAUUUUGUUUGCUACACCCGAACAUUGUAUUUGUCUUGCGUGCCUGCGUUUUUGCUUGUGUUUGGGCAAUGCGACUACACUGUGCGCGGAACAACAGACAGUCGCGCUAUGUUGUGUGUGUGUGCGGGCUUACCUCUGGAUCACUGCUUCCAGACUGGCAGAGUAUAUAGGCACGGGGAUUGGUGGCACGAGAACACUGCUUUGCGAGAUUUGCAGUGUCUGCACGUUGAUCCAUGGAGAACAGUUUUGUGCUGUCGUUUGCAUGUACACAGCUGCCUUCUGCCCCUUGAGCUGUGCCUUGCCAGGGGUGGGCAUGGACUUGGAGGUGCAGUUAGCUUUGGUGUGCCGAUGCAGACACGAUUCGCACCUCAAACGCCCACAGCUUGAGAAAGUUGCUUCACAAAAGCGGACCUAGCUGUGUUUGGAGCUCCCUGUGUAGCAGUGCCGUGCCUACCACAAUGUCGGUCACUGCACUUGACGUACAUUCUCUCUCGUGAGCUUUUGUGAAUACGUGAGGUGGGCAGAUGGAGUUGCUGGUUUUUGCUGUUCACACCCGUACUUAGUGCACUGUCAUGGCCAUGAAAUUUCGGCAGACGAGCGGGAAGAAAUCCUGGCGUGCAGAAAUGGCACUUAGUUGCCGAGACCUUUCAGCCGUAAGCAUUUUGUAGCAUUGUUGCAGCAUGAGUGUGCACUUUUCUCAUAGUGUUCGUUAGUUGUGGCAGUUGAAGAAGCCCUUCCCUCUGCAUUUCUCGGCGAAAGCCCCCAUUUUCUGUAGUUUCUUUCUCUGCCAAGCAGCGAUUCCAACACCUUCCCGCACCAGCUUUUCUUGUGCGAACUGAACGUCGUGUGCCUUUCUCUCCCAGCCUCGUACUUCUGUUGUGUUUGCCGUCCUCUCUCCCUCCGUCUCUAGGCAGGGUGGUAAAAAAAAAAUGGGCUACCUUGGACCUCUCCUAGACGCGUUGUGUGCACCGGUAAGAGCGCCCAACAUGGUGAAAGAAACAGAGGAAUUCUAUUUCCAUCUCUUUACUCUUUAGGACGGCCAGAUGUAUUUUUGUGAAGUGCCUCUCAACCAUAGAGCGGGAUGUAGCAGACAUAGUCGUAGUAGUUUCUCAGGGCACGCCCCCCCCCCCCCCCCCCCAUAGGCCAGUGGCCGGUGCGCAGUGCCCGAGGGCGCAGCUUUUGUGCGUGUGUGUGUUCUGCCUCACUGGUGUGUGUACACCUUGCUGCUGCACAGAGCAUUGUCCUCUCGACCGGGAGAGGGAAGGGUGGCGACAGGUUUUACAGGGUCCCUUGUCGCGUAGGCCUGCGGGUCGUUACCCUGUCCCCACGUGUAAUCAGAAUGGUGACCGGGUGCUGCUUUAGGUUGAACGCGAGUGCGCAAACAUUGUUUGCUUUUUCCCUCCUAAUUGUAGAUCCACUUAUGUUUCGUGGGUUGAGAGACAGCGUGUGUGCCAGAGAAAUUGGCAGGAAAAUGAAAAAAAUGUGAUAAUGAAAGCAGCACGUUUUGCUGUAACUGUUGUCAUAUGCAUUUGCUUGUACAAAGCUUAGUGAGGCAGGUCUUUACUCGUAGAGGAACGAGAAUUACCACUGCUGUGUAAUGAUGAGGCCUGGUGAGACGUGCUUGCACGGCUUACUUUGGGUUGUGCUAGGCUGGUGGAAGCUCCGUGCUUUCCAGCCGUCGGCGCCUGCAACCACCAUUUGUUAGUGUCACCAUUCCUACUGCUUGUGUUGGCUUUCUUGAGUGUCCGUACAGUGCGUGUGAAGCAAGGAACCCAGCUGUGUAUUGUGCAGAAAUCGUGCAUUUAGGCCGUGUGUCAUGGAGCAUACACUCUUCAUUGCCACACAUACACACACACAAAAAAAAGAAAAAGCGGGGAGCACACACGAAGCGAGGGUAGGCUGACAUCUCACUGUAGUGUAUGUCAGUCGUGUUGGUGAAGGAACUUGCACAAAGUGCUGUUUUCUUUGGCGUAUUUUUUAACACUGCACCCUUUGUACUUUCUCGGAAUGCAGUGGCAUGGUGUGAUGGUGUUGCUUUUUCCAUGCGUGCACAGCAAAGCUUUAUAGACGCUGCAUUUUGCUGUUUUGCAUCCAAAGUGUGUAUUUUUGUUUGCUUCUUCACAGCCAAAAAAAAAAAAAAGGAAUGGUUUCUGUUCUUUCCUUACGGUCACAUUGGUGUUAAAAAAGUAAAAGCCCAUUUUAUUGUUCCCAGCACAGCAAUGUUGCAGCCACGCUUGAAAUGCCCGCAACUUAAAGCGAAAUGGAAAAACACCUUUAUUUAAGCAUGUACUUUUUGGUUUGAGCUUUCUCUUUAAAGCUCAUGUGUUUCUGCACGCUUCCCUAUCUCUUGUACGAGCUCCAUAUCACCUUCCUCUUUAUGUUGGGAUACUGUGCCUUGUUUCCCCACUUUUAAAGUUCCUGCGUUGCUUGUGUUUUUUAUUAUCCAGGAGUUGCCUGCAACAAAAUGCUGGGGAUGUCUUCCUCACGGUGAUAAGAAAUGGCACCCCUGCUCCCCCCCCCCUCCCCCAGCUUUUCUUUUUUUGCCAUGUGCUUUUCGUUCCAGUCUCCAGUGAUGUCUGCAUUUGUGAUGAUGUAAAUACAUACGCAUUACUGACGGCUUGCACCCCCUCCUCCCCCCCAUCCUUGGGAACAGCAACAAGCUUGGAGAGGUCAGGAAUGCCUGCACAUUAUCUAUACUGUACAUAAAAGAGAAUGCCGACAAGUGAAUCACAUUGGUCUGUUGCAUUCUAUACACGUUGUACACCACAAGCAUAAAUAUAUAUAUAUAAGUAUACACGUGUAUGUUCCACAGCGAAAUGGGCAAAGUAUAGAGGUUCACUAUCGAAGGGGCAGGGACUAGUUUUGGGUAGGACAGGUGGGGUCUACUAAAAGGCGGGAUGAGUUUUACUAUUGCCCUUUUCUUUUUAUGAUUGAUUAGGCAGAAGGCUUGUGCCAGGCUAACUGAAUUCAGAGGUUGGCUUGAGUGCUAAUUGGUUGCUGGUGACUGUCACGUUGAGUGAUGGCGGCAUUAGUUUUGAUGUCAAAGUUUUUGUGAUGGUGGCAAGUCUCGCUGCUGCAUUUGAGCAGAAGUGGGCAUGUGGCAGUUCUGCUGCUGCGCCAACGGAGAAAUUGUCACUCUGCAGUUUCGUUGGCCUUGCUCUCCUGCCGUCUGCAUGCAUCUAUCUGUAUUCUUAUUCUGUAUGCAUAAACAGCAUAUGUUAUAUACUAGUCUUUAAAGCAAACAAAAAAAAGGUAAUCUUACUAUUUGAAAAGUGACUAGCUUUUCGCCUUUCAUUUUCUUGUUUCUUGGUGAGGCUUCAGAUGUGUUGUCUGCUGCACACUUUACUCAUUAUUUUGCCAGUUGUUAGCCUUGUUACUGUGCUGUUUGAGUUAUUUCUUUUUAAUCAUUCGUAUUGUUAUAAAUUGCAGGUGGGAUGUUGACAGCAUUUUUUUUUUUUCAGUUUAUACAUCCUUUUUUUGUUCAGGGGACACUGACUAUGUGAAAGAGGCCUAGCUGGGGUGGGAUUCUUGGGGGCUUACAAUGGGGUAAACUGACUACCAAUGUUUGUGUACAAGCUUUUGACGUUUAGCACCUAAUAUGACUUGCUAAAAAAAAAUAUGAAACCGAGUGGUAGUGUAGUUGUCGGUCUUGGUUUUCAUUUACGUUGUUGUUCUAUUCCCAACUUGGGCUUGUGUGUGAGUGUGUGUCUGUGUGUGUGUGUGCGCGCGAGUUUUUAGCAGUGUUGACUACCGUGUACUCUGUUUUUGCUUCUCCUGUUGUCUGGCUGCGACUUGCAGGUGUAAAAUGCACAUCUUUCCCUUUUUUUUCUUUCUCUUUCGCUUCCUCUGAGUUGUCAGUGUUUAUAAAAGUACAUAAUAGAAUUAGAAUUCACGAGUAUGUUUUGGUUCUGCUCUUGUGUGUAUUAUGUGGGUAUGGCCAGAUGCCUGUUCACUAUUAAAGAAUCGAAGAACUGGUUGA